AUGGAUGUUGCAAUGAAAGAGGCUCAUGGCAAGGUGCCAGUGACCCUCCUGACUGGCUUCCUUGGGGCGGGAAAGACGACGCGGUUGAACCGCACACUGAGUGAAGGCAAGAGCCGGAUCGCCGUCAUCGAGAAUGAGAUUGGUGCUUUGGGCGUCGAUGGAAGCCUGGUGGCCAAUGCGCACACUGAGGCAGAUGGUGUCAUAGAGCUCGCGAACGGUUGCCUUUGCUGCUCAGCAGAAGUAGACCUGGUAGCAGCGUUGGAGGCGUUGAUUCGCCGACAUCAACUGAGACCACUGGAUCGGAUCAUCAUUGAGACCACUGGUUUGGCUGAUCUAGGGCCAGUGAUCUCUCUUUUGGAAGAUAAGACCGAUCCUAUGGCAGAGGAUUUGUAUCUGGAUGGCACAGUGACUGUAGUGGACCUUUGCAGCUUCCGACGCUGGGUAGAAAAGAAAAAAGCGCUCGGACUUGUCUCCAUUUGCGGACUUGGCAUCAUGUUUGCGCGUGCGACUCUCUUCAGCCUUUUGGUGAGUGCUUGGGGUGACACUGCGGUCAUCGAUUCGGCCCUCCAGAGUGAUGAUCAAUGUGACGCCGCCGAUGCUGAGUGCAGCUUCAACGCUUUGCAGCUUCGUGGUUUCAAAGAGGAGAUGGAACUGGAGGAGGGUAACGAAGAAUCUGAAGGCUGGUUGAAGGAUAUCAGCACCAAGACCAAGAACCACUUCAAGCACAUCUUGGCACCUCUCCAGAAGCCCAUUGUGACCAACUAUCAAUACUUGACGGUGUUGGAUACCUACGUGAACUACACCAUGAGGAAGAUAGAGAAUGCCACCGGCCGCAUUGUUGUGUGGAACCGCAAAUCCUUGCUCCAGGAAGCUGAGGAAGAGACUGAAGAGUCCACCGAAGAGGACGAGGAGGAAGUCCAGAACACUUGGAGCCGCCGCCGCCACGUUGGAAAGUCGGAAGAGUUGCCGCCACGCGCUCGAUACAUCAACAAGAUCCUGAUCUACCUCAACAAGGAGAUGGAUGCUGUGUGGAACCUGAACACCAUUGUGGACCGUAAGCGCUGGGGUGUUGGAAACACCAUCACUUCCUCUCCUUACGGACCUCAUGGAGAGCACCCUAAGCGCUGGCGAGCAAAUGUCACCGUUCCCUUCCCAACCAAGGCGCCCAGCAACCCAGUGCUGAACUUGAACAAUUCUUUGGUCAUGCACAUGAAGCCAGAGAAUCGCAAGUAUGACAACAAGUAUGCCCAACAGUUGCAGGCCGACUACGCGAUUGACAACAUCAAUGAUGCCAGCAAGAAGUGCAAUGACCUUCGCGCUCGCCUCUUCAAGAUGGAUUGGUAUGCCAACAAGUUCAUUAAACUCCCAAGUGGAGUGUGGAACAAGAUUGUUGAGAUGAAAGGCUUACCUCGCAUAUUUUUGCUAACGAGCAAGCACUCUGAGCUUGCCAACUUCACUAGGUCCAGUGGUUUCGGGAUGUCAUCUUCGCAGGCACAGCCAGCGGUGGGACCUGGUCGACUGGCGGCUCUUCGUAGCUUCUGGCGGCAGGUGGCCUUUGCAGACCAGCUGAUCCUCAGCAAGGCGGACCAGGUGACGACAACCAAGGACAUGUGGGAGGCGGGUGAGCCUGCGAUCAAGAUCUUGCAAGGGGUGAAUCCAGUGGCUGAGAUCAUUUUCGAAGAGGAGAUUCGGCCAUUGCCAGCGCCCCGUGGUCCGCAAACCUCCGGCCGGGGCGAGUGUCUAGGCCCGAGCCUCGAGCUUGUGGAGGAGGACGAGGCAUGCCAAAAGCUCUUGGAAGAUUUGUUGUCCUAUGCCGUCUAUGCGGUGGCAAAGAACGAAGCAGAUAUCCGAGACACCCUGCGAAACAGGGUCAAGGUCCAAAAUUGGCCGGUGGACGAGAAUUCUGCCGUGGAGUUGGACAUCUUGUGGCCAGGAGCCGGCUACGAUUCGGCUGCUUGUGCUGGCAGCUUUGAGGUCCUGGCACUGCUGGCCAACAAAGGCCUGCUGAAGCUGCGAGAUUUCAUGGGGGCCUCCGGAGGGGCCACCAGUGCCCUCUUGGCCUUGGCAGAUCCCCAGGAGAGCAGCAGGACGAUGUUGACAUUUUACAUGGUCUAUGCCAAGUGGGUGGCGGAAACGCCCCGCUCGACUCUGCGACAAGUUUGGCAAACCACACCGCUUUGGCGGGAAAUCUACCGCCGAGCAAUCCAUGAAGAUGAAGCAUUUGAACGCGUGAAUCAACGUGGAUAUGUUGCAAUGGCGUGUGGCAGAACCAUAUUUCAGUGGCAGAACUGGGUGUUGCAUCACUUCACAGACAGAGAGCAAUGUGUUCAAGCCUAUGAAGCGAGUGGAGAGGCGUCCUUGAGAGGCGCCUUGGCGGGUCGCCAGCUGCCUGGCCUCCAAGGACUUGGCAAAUGCUGUGAUGGAGGUGGUGUACUUCCAUUCCCCGGUCGCGAGGGCAAACUGUCGUUCUAUCAUCACAGCUACUACGGCUCUGCAACAAACUGUACGAUGGAGACCAUCGACAACUUGUUUCGAAGGGGCGUUGAUGAUGCCAUCCGCAUGUUCUGUGACUCCUACGACACCUGCAAAUUUCGAUCUUUGCAGUAUGGAGGCACCAUCCUCGGCUACAGCCGUGAAAUCUUCUGGGAAGGAAACAGCAUGAGUGGACUGCGAGCCUCUGCACGUUUCUUCAAUGUAGAGAAAGGUGAAGAGGAAGAUGAACUUCCAUAA